AAUUUUUUUCUACAAAGUUUAUAUUUAUUCAGAAAUUAAAGGAUAUACUAAAGGAUAUGAUCACUAAACAUAAAUAUUAUUUUUUCUAAAUAUUGUUAUUCAAGUGCAUUUUAAGAUUUCAUAUUUUUCAACAGCGCCUAAGAUCGAGCAACGAAAUCUUUACCAACGCUCAGCCCAAUUUCCUACCAACCAGCUUUCGACUAUCGACAAUAUCAUCCCAGAUCUUAACGAUAUGAGGGGCUGGUAUUUAACUAACUAAUUUUCUAAUAAGAACUGAAUAACAAAGUUAUUAACUUAAGGCUUUUUGUACUACUCGCUUAGUAUUUUGACAGCUGUCGAUAUUUGGCAAAAGGAAAAUGGCCAUUCUAUCGAUUUGUUGGCGCAGCUGUCGACCGCUCUCACAAAAGAACCGUGAACUGUACAAGUGGUAUAAAAACCAUCGCUGGAGAUCCAAAGAUCAUCAUCCAAACCCAUCUGUUUGAACUGAUAUCAACCAUGAGGACAACCACUCUACUUUUGGGCCUGGGCCUUUUGGUCCUCUGCUUUUCGAGCCGCAUCUAUGCUGAAGACGAUCCGACUGAUGGCAGCACCACCCCAACUGACGGCAGCACCACUCCAACUGAUGGCAGCACCACUCCAACUGAUGGCAGCACCACUCCUACAGAUGGCAGCACUACCCCCACUGAUGGCAGCACUACUCCCACUGAUGGCAGCACUAAUCCCACUGAUGGCAGCACCACUCCCACGGAUGGCAGCUCCACCACCCCCACAGAUGGCAGCUCCACCACCCCCACAGAUGGCACCACCUCUCCUUCGACUGGUGGCAGCACCUCUCCCUCGACAGGUGAUUCCACUAGUGCUGCGACAGGAUCCACGGACAACUCCUCUGCGGACAGCACCAGCACCGGAAGCGGAAGCAGUGGCAAUAGGGCUAACAGGAACCGCCGGAACCGCCGACGUCGCCUGCGGGCACAGCGUCGUCGUCGCCGUCAAAAUCAGCGCAGGAGGAACCGCAGGAACCGCAGGAGGAACAGUGUCACCAGGAACGGCUGAGCGGUCAUAACGGUGUUUGUUAAUUUACUCAAAGAAAAAAGCAUUAAAAAAUGGAAUUCCUAAAAAGUCUUAUGUGUUGUUUUUCAUUCUAUAACUGAUCCGAAAAUAAAUCUUAAAGCCAGAAAACUUUUUAGUCACAUGAAAAUAUCUAACAUCGAAUUUGCAUUUCACUUAAAUUUUGUUGUUGAAAUCUUCCGUACUCGCAGUUCUGCCUUUUUAUGACAUUUGCUUAUCAGUUAUGCACACAGACUCUCCAGUUUAAUAAACCCAUUUUAACGUGAUUAUCCAUUAAAACACUUUAUUUCCCUUGACCAAUUGAGAUUUAUAAGCCAUAAUAAUUCCCGAUUUAAACCCGCUUCUGAAACUGGUUAGUUCACAAUCAGUAGAACUUAAUUAUCACAGAUCAAAGUUUGUUUACUAUAUAAAAUCAAUUUAUUU